AUGGCCUCAUCAGACAUUACAUCCGCAGUCCACACCCACUACUCCACCCUCGCCUCGACUACCACCUCGGCUUCCUCAAAAUCCUAUUCCACAGCCGUUGCAUCAGCCUUUGGCUACACCCCCUCAGACCUUGCAGCCAUCCCUGCGGAGUCUAACCUCGGCCUAAGCUGCGGGAACCCGACUGCACUCGCAAAUCUGAGGCAAGGAGAGACGAUUGUGGAUCUGGGGUGCGGAGCUGGGUUCGAUGUGUUUCUUGCAGCUAGGAAAGUCGGGGAAAGUGGCAGAGCGAUUGGGGUGGAUUUUAGCGAGGAAAUGCUCGCCCGCGCAAAACGCAAUCUGGAGAACUCAGAUGCGAAGAAUAUCUCCUUUAUCAAAUCUCCCAUCACGGCCAUACCCAUCGAAUCGGGAACCGCAGAUGUAGUCAUUUCAAACUGCGUCAUCAAUCUCGUUCCGCACGGCCAGAAGGCCCUCGUCUUCUACGAAAUGGCGCGCAUCCUCAAGCCUGGCGGACGAGUUGCGGUCUCGGAUAUUCUAGCCAAGAAGCCGCUGCCAGAGGAUCUGCAGAAAGAUAUGGCGACAUAUGUGGGAUGUAUCUCCGGGGCAAGCUUAGUAGGGGAGUAUGAGGAGUGGCUGAAGAGUGCUGGGUUUAGAGAGGUGAGUAUUGUGGAUGCGGGAACGGAUGUCAAUGUUUAUCGGGAUGCCGAGGGAAGUGAAUGCUGUACUAGUGACGUUACGAAUGCAAAGUGUAGUAAAGAGGAGGAACAAGUUGGGUGCUGUGGGGGACAAAAAGCCAAAGAUGAGAUCCCACAGAAAGAGUUGUUGGCAAAGGAUGUCAACUUCAAUGAGUGGGUCGGCUCUUUUAAGAUCCUUGCUGUGAGAUAAGACACUCAGAUCUUUUUCCAUUCACUGGUCGAUUUGGGUUCCAACAUGCAGGCCAGAAACCUAGCACAGGCCAUUUUCCAAUUGCACAUCUAACCCUACUUCCAGAAUAAUGAGGAGC